CCUUGACCCAAGAUAGAAAACAUGAAUUCGCACCUGUUCAUGCAUACUUUGGUUUAAUUUGAUUACUUUUUGCACGAUUAUGGAGAUGAUCUUCGGAAUUAAAUAUUGCCAUUCUGAAAAAAAUUAAAUAAGCAAUGAAGGUGGUUACGUUAAUUGAUGUGACGACUGCGGGUGUUACAGCUCCUGGUGUCACUCCAGACCCGAAACUUGUCAACCCACUUGCCCUGCUCACCAACCGCAAAAAAGCCUACGCAGAUGUGGAAAAAGUCUGUCAGAAGGUGGGUGCCAGCCUUGAUAAUAUCCCAUUCCAAAAGUUGGACUUUGGUGAAACAGCCAUAUUGGACCAGUUCUACAAUGCGGAUGUGGUGAUAGUUGACAUGACUAUCUCCACCCAGCAGUCUUCUCUGUUUUACCAUAUUGGCGUGCGCCAGAGCAUGGGUAUGAAGAGCAACAUUGUCAUUGCUAAUGACAUUGAUCCAGAGGGUACUGUGUCCUUAAAGUUGUCGACUGGCCAGGGUGUGUAUUUCUUCCCAUACCUGUUGGACAGUAACGGCACAUGCAUCGUACAGGACACACCUGCUCUCACAUACUCAGAAGUCUGCAUUCACCCGGAGAAUGGACCCACUCUCUACAAUAAACUCAAGAAAGCGCUUGAGGAAGUGGAUGAAGAUAAUAUAACUCACCUGAAAGAGCGGUUUCUUAAUGAUCUUCGCAAGGCACGUGAGCUCUACAAAGGAGAUGAACUAGUCAAGGUGUUACAUGGGAUGAAACGAAGACUGGACGAUCCCCAGCUGCUCUCUGUGGAUGUGGUCUUCAAUCUGCUCAUAUCCUACAGGGAAAUACAGGACUACAACUCGAUGGUGAAGCUGGUGGAAGACCUCGCCGGCCUGCCCAAUGACAAGAUCGCGGCCACCAUCGCAGUACAGAACCUGUAUGCCUUUGCCCUCAACCGACGAAACAAGGAUGGCGACAGAGAUAAAGCCCUUACGGUUAUACUUAAGGUGAUAGGGAUGUCUGACAACCCAGUGCCAGAUCAGCUGUGUCUUGCUGGCCGCAUUUACAAGGACAAGUUUGUUGAGAGUGAUUACCAGGACAGGCAGGCUCUUGAGGAAGCCAUAAAAUGGUACAAGAAAGGGUUUGAGAUCCAGCCUAAUGAAUAUGCUGGCAUCAACCUGGCCACUCUUAUGGUCAUCUCAGGGAAGGAGUUUGACACUUGUAACGAGCUCAAGAGAAUCGGUCUGAAGCUGAAUAACCUGAUAGGGAAGAAGGGUAGCUUGCAGAACCUGACAGACUACUGGGAUGUGGCCACCUUCUUCGAGAUCUCUGUGCUGGCCCAGGACUACAGCAAGGCCAUACAGGCGGCUGAGGUCAUGUUUAAACUUGAGCCACCUUACUGGUACCUGAAGUCAACACUUGGGAACAUUCAGCUGAUAAACAAGUUCCGUAAAGAGCCGCUGCAGACUGAUGCUUCCCAGCUCUUCAACUUCUGGAUGGAGUUCUUCCAGGAGGCAACAAAGACAGAAGUGUCUCCACAGUGGUACCCGGUGCUGAUCCUUGAGCCCACUAAAGUGUUUGUACCCAGCUACCUCCAGGUGAAUCAAGAUGAAGACAGCAAGAAUGUACAUGUGUACAACGUGUGUCGAAAGGGUAAGCUGCAGCACGAAUGGCUGUUUCCUGCCCACCACAUCAAGGGUGUUAGUCUUUACAAACGAGAUGUCCGAGCCGUAUUCCUCUAUGUCACAGAAAACGCUGACGACUUUCACAUUUUCUUCUCUUCAGAGACACAGAGGCAGUUGUUUUAUGAUGACAUGUGUCAGCUGAUCAAGGAGAACCAGACUGGGUUUGAGGCAGAACUAGAGGAACUAGAUAAUAUCGAGUUUGAGUAUGAAACAGAUGAGAAAGGCAACCGGGUUGUGUUGGGGCGGGGUUCGUUUGGGGUGGUGUAUGCUGCCCGAGAUAAGCGCACCCAGGUCAAGGUCGCAGUCAAGGAAGUGCCUGAGAAAUUCCAGGAAGAGGUCCAGCCACUGCACGAGGAGAUUAAGUUGCACUCUCGUCUCAGCAACAAAAACAUUGUUAAGUACCUUGGAUCUGUCAGUGAGGGAGGAUACUUCAAGAUCUUCAUGGAGCAGGUUCCUGGAGGGAGUCUGUCCCAACUGUUAUCCUCCAAGUGGGGACCACUGCUCAAUAAUGAACCCACCAUCGCCUUCUACACAAAACAGAUCCUUGAUGGCCUUAAGUACCUGCAUGACAACCGUAUUGUGCAUCGUGACAUUAAGGGAGAUAAUGUGCUGGUGAACACAUACAGCGGCGUACUCAAGAUCUCAGACUUCGGAACAUCAAAACGCCUAGCUGGAAUAAACCCAUGUGCAGAAACAUUUGCUGGCACAAUGCAGUACAUGGCGCCAGAGGUGAUUGAUCGAGGUAUGCGGGGAUACGGACCACCCGCAGACAUCUGGUCUCUGGGCUGUACAGUCAUAGAAAUGGCAACGGGCAAACCACCAUUUAUAGAGCUUGGCAGUGCAGAGGCGGCCAUGUUUAAAGUGGGCUUCUACAAGAUGCACCCAGAGAUCCCAGAAUCCCUCUCAGAGAACGCUAAAGACUUCUUGCUUCGGUGUUUUGACAAGACUCCUGAGACCCGGUACACAGCCCACCAACUGCUUGAGCAUCCAUUUGUUGUCGAAACUCUGGCACCAAAAAAAAAGAAGAAGAAAAUGACCGAUGUGGAAUAUCUUCGCAGCAUAUCUGUGCCGGUAGGGGGCAACUUGAGACAAGCCAAGGAACCGGCCACCAUAAAGUUAAAACUACCUCAAAAGGCUGGGCCACCAGUUUCUACACUGGUUAAGGGUAAUGGGAGUUUUUCUGGCAGCAUGGAAAACAUCCUAGAUGGGUUGGACCCUGUACAAGAGGAACGAAUGGGCGUUCCAGGUCAUAAGAGGUCACAGAGCGUGCACACCUUUAGUGGGCUUGACCUGACCACAAGAGCCUCAUCCCCGUAUUUAUCCGUGGAUUACGGCAGUCGUUCCCCGUCCCCUACGCCAACAUCACCCGGCCCGAUGUCGCCCAUGUCACCAAGUGGGCUGGGUUUCUCAAUAUCCAUGACAGAGAUGAUGACUGCAGAAUGUGACGGAGACCGUAGCACGACUAGCUCACAUGACAGUGCGGGACGUGAGGGCUUCUACAUGCUCCGCAAGGACUCUGAGCGACGACUCACUCUCGUACACCUGCUCUCCCGCAAUGAGGAUAUGGCCAAGGUGAUAGAAACAUGGAUGCAGAUGAUUCACCGUGAUGCCACCAUCUCCAACCCAAAGCUGACCCGAGACCACCUGCUCAUUCUGAUGAAGGCUCUAAGGGACUAUGUGCAGGACCAGGACACCAAUGUCAUCAAGGAGGCCCUAGACACUGUACGUGAGAUGAUGGAGUAUGACCACACAGCCCUUAUCGAGCUCCAGCUGGCCCUGUAUGUGUUCCAGGAGGCUGUGAGUGGUAACCUGAAGGGUCGUGAUAUCCAGCCCCAUUGGAUGUUUGCUCUGGACAACCUGCUGCGCUCUGCCACCCAGGCUGCCAUCACUGUGUUAUCACCAGAACUUGGAGCCAAUUUGGCCGGGGAUAUGAUGGAUGCAGGCACAUCUGGCGUCCCUUCUACAAACUCAGGCAAAUCUGCUUCCGGCGUGUAUCAAAAUUCUGUCAAACAGGAAAUUCGUAAACAGAUUGAAGGAUUUGAGGAUGAAAACUUAGUUCUGUUGAAGCAACUGUUAGAAGUGCAGAAGUCCUACAAUGAACUGCUGAAGAAAACAAUAACAGAUAAGAAAAUGCAGAUAGAGAUAAUACAUGAGCUGUCACCAAGCAUGGUUCCUCCAACAAGCCCGCCAUUUUCCCACAUGGUCGGCGCACCCUCUGUAGUUAUCAACGAGCCCCCAGACGAGGCUCUCAUCAAUUGGCUCAGACACUGUAGACUAGACCCCACCAGUAUUGAAAAGAUAGUGAGUGAGCAGUACACGCUGGAGGAUCUGCUGGACCUGGUCACCUACGACCAGCUCCUAGCCACAAACAUCAAAGGCGGUAUGGUUUGCCGGUUAUGGAGAGCCAUCCAGAUCCACCGUACACGGGCCAUGAAAAAAAAGAGAUAGCAGUGUGUGACUCAUCAAUGCCCAACCAGGGAAAUAAUUUCACCCUUAAUUCCCAAAAUAGAGCACUAGUAUUGGCCUUUUUGUUACUUGAGGAAGUUCAGCUGUCAGUGAUGGUCACAGCAGCAUAGUUCUGAGUUCCUGACAAUGGGCCCUAGCCAAUGAUGGUUUUAUGCAUGACAUACAGCUACAAAUUGUGUCCUCAGCUCCACUGGCUCCAGACAGCUACAACUCUGUCUGCCAUAAUGCUUCAGACAGCUACAGGACUAUCUGCCAUACUGCUCCAGUCAGCUACAGGUCUGUCUGCCAUAGUGCUCCAGACAGCUACAGGUCUGUCUGCCAUAAUGCUCCAUUAAGCUACAGGUCUGUCUGCCAUAAUGCUCCAGACAGCUACUGUUCUGUCUGCCAUAAUGCUCCAGACAGCUACCGUUCUGUCUGCCAUAAUGCUCCAGACAGCUACAGGUCAAUCUUCCAUAGUGCUCCAGACAGCUACCGUUCUGUCUGCCAUAAUGCUCCAGACAGCUACAGUUCUAUCUGACAUAAUGCUCCAGACAGCUACAGGUCUAUCUGACACAAUGUUCUAGACAGCUACAGAUGUCAGCGGUAGUGCUGUAGACAGCUACAGACCUGACUGGCGUAGUGCUCCAGACAGCUUCAGAUCUAUCUGCCACAAUGCUCCAGACAGCUACAGGUCUAUCUGACAUAAUGCUCCAGACAGCUAUAGGUCUAACUGACACAAUGCUCUAGACAGCUACAGAUGUCAGCGGUAGUGCUCCAGACAGCUACAGACCUGACUGACGUAGUGCUCCAGACAGCUUCAGAUCUAUCUGCCACAAUGCUCCAGACAGCUACAGACCUGACUGAUGUAGUGCUUCUGACAGCUACAGAUCUAUCUGCCGUAAUGCUCCAGACAGCUACAGACCUGACUGACGUAGUGCUCCAGACAGCUUCAGUUAUGUCUGCCAUAAUGCUCCAGACAGCUACAGACCUGACUGAUGUAGUGCUCCAGACAGCUUCAGAGCUAUCUGCCAUAGAGCUCCAGACAGCUACAUGCCCGUCUGCAAAAGUGCUCCAGACAGAUUAACGUUUGUAUGUCCAGUCCUCCGGAUAGCUACUGCCAUCAUGCUCCAUUUACCUAUUGCGUGAGGGAAAUCUUUACAUACCAAGUGCCAUUUUGGACUUCACAGGCCCGGGUUUUAUUAUGUAUUUUAAUCAUCUUCUGAUAAAUGAUUCAAUAUUCUCUGAUGUCUCAUGAUAUUUACAUUUAUGCAUUUCGUUUAUGACAAAAAUAUUCUUGCAAGGAUUAGAGGAACUCUAAUUCCAGAUUUUAAGUUUUCAUCUUUUUUGCCAACUCUUUUUUUUUAGAAAAAUAUAAGAAACAAAUAUGUGUAAUUAAAUACACAUACAUUUUUAGUGUAUUUGUUUCCAAUAAUCUUUUUAUAUCUACUAUGCAUGUACAAUGUAUUUUUUCAAUGAUGUGUCCAUUUUGAACAUUUUUUUACAUAUUGUAAUUAUUAAGAAGCAGUCAUAAUUGA